ACCCAUACUACCUGGUAUAAGGAUAUCCCCAUACGUAGGUGCGUCGAAAUAUGCAGCGAAUCUUUUAGAAGGCACAUCCAAACAGAACUUAGAAAAAAGAUUUAGUAUUUUGAAUUUGUUGGGUAGAACAAUUAUCCAUAUAUAUAUAUAUAUAUAUAUAUACAUCAAAAUUACCCUUAAAAUUCACAUUCAAAUAUCCUUUUCAUGUUUACGGAACGAUAUGGAAAUUAUCAAAACUAUUACUCUAUGAGAGGCAAUGGAUGUCUACUAGAUUCUCGUAUUGAAGCUUUACCAAAAGAUCUAUUUAAAAACACGUCUGUUUUAGACGUCGGUUGCAACAAUGGAACCAUAACAACACAGGUUGCAUCUUUAUUUAGCGUCAAGUAUGUUUUAGGGAUUGAUAUAGAUCCAACUUUAAUUAAGAAAGCAGAUAAGCAUCUCGAAUUUGUUGCUUCUAGGGUCGGCCCUUCUUAUGACCAUCGUCCGAUGGUUUCAAGACAAAACUUUUAUCCAAUAUCCAGCAUUAAGAAGUUUUCAAGGAUCCAGAUAAAGUUCCAGAAACCCCUGAAUGAAGAAGGAUUUCCUCACAACGUUCACUUUCGUGCUGUGGAUAUCCUCAGAUGGCAACCCAAUGAACGCUUUCACACAGUUCUAGCUCUCUCUGUUACAAAAUGGAUCCAUUUAAACGGACUAGAUGAAGGCUUACUGUCAUUUUUCAAAAAAAUGCAUGCUGUAUUGGAACCAGAUGGUGUACUCAUUAUUGAACCCCAGUCGUGGGAUUCGUAUCUUAAAGCAGCAAAAAAGUUUCUAUUUUUUGAGAAAUCGCUUCAUAAAAUUCAAAUACGGCCGGAAAAUUUCCCAGAAAUUUUAGAGCAGCACGGAUUCGAUCUUCAGACUGUUGUGAGUUCUGAAAACGCAAGGCCGAAAAAUAUAGAACAAAGAGGAUUCUCAAAAAGGGAUAUAUUCAUAUUUAGAAAAAAGAGUGUCUGAGCUAAUGUCUAUUGCUGAUGGUUUUCAGGAGAAAGGUUUUGGAAAAUUCCUACCAUUCAAAUUAUUAAUAAGGGACCAACUUAUAUCGCUUUUUUAUUUAUAUUCGAUCUUAAUAACCAAUCAAAAAAUGAAAUAAAAUAAAAUAAGGAAGUACUUAGAUUUGACCUUUAAUAUCAACAACCGUAUAUUUUUUCCUGACGGCAUCGAAUUUAUCGAUGCUUUCUUUCGUUAAUACACGUUCUGAAUCAUUGGGGUCAAAUACAGAUUGACAAUCAAUAAGAAAUUUUUUGCAUUCAUCCAUAUCUUCAAACGCCAGAGUAUUGGCUAUAAAAUCAACGGGAACGGA